AUGAAACAGGGUGUUUUGACGAAUGGUCGUGUAAAGUUGUUACUAAGCAAAGGAAGUUCAUGUUACCGUCCUAGACGUAAGGGUGAACGACGACGUAAAAGUGUUCGUGGUUGUAUAGUUGACAGCAAUUUAAGCGUAAUUAACCUGGUUAUUGUGCGCAAAGGAGAAAAUAACAUUCCUGGGUUAACUGAUGUUAAUGUCCCAAGACGCCUUGGUCCCAAGAGAGCUUCCAAAAUCAGAAAGUUGUUUAGUCUGUCAAAGAAAGAUAACGUCUGUCAGUUUGUAGUUCGUAAACCGGUGCCUGCUAAAGAAGGAAAGAAAGAACGUUCAAAAGCUCCAAAAAUCCAACGUUUAACGACACCAUUGAGGUUACAGCGUAAGCGUCAUCGACAUACUGUGUGUUAG